AUGGCAGACACCAUGCACCCAGCGGCUUCAGAGCCAAAUGCCUUCCCUGCACCCAAGCCAGAAACUCCAGUCGAUGCGAAAAUUGCUAAACCUCUGAAGCCACCGAAUCCAAUGUGGAAGUACCUCGGAUUCGGGGAAAACUUCCGGCCAAAGCUACCCUCCCGAAACUGGACCAUAUUUCUCACCAUAACAGGCUCCUUCACUGCCGCCGUUAUCUACGACAAGCGGGAGAAAAAGCGCGCGCAGAGAAAAUGGUGCAAACUUGUGGAGCACAUUGCGAAGGAACCCCUGGAUGCCAAAUCAAUGCCCAGGAGACUCACUGUGUAUUUGGAAGGACCGCCCACGGACGGACUAAGAGUUGCGCAGGAUCACUUCAAGGACUAUGUGAAGCCGAUUCUUGUUGCAUCGGGGCUCGAUUGGGACUUCGUACAGGGAAGGAAAGAGGGCGAUGUAAGAGCUGAGCUGGCGGAAAGGAUACGCAAUUCGAGAACGCCGCCUGAGCAACGGACAGGGGAGGACGUUGUGACCGAGACCCGCAGGACAUCUGGAAUCAAAGAAUUCGACGGGCCGAUGGGAGAUAUUGUCCUUGGGAGACAUACAUGGAAGGAAUACGUCCGGGGUUUACAUGAAGGAUGGCUGGGACCUCUCAAAGAAGCGCCGAAGCCAGUUGAAGAGAAGCCAUCCGAGGACACCAAAGUGAAAGAGCCCAUGGAAACUCUACCAGGAAUUACUCUCAUCUCUGAGCCCAGAGAAGCAAAUGCUCUCUCCCCAGGUGAAGAUAUAACCUCAAAGUCAGACGACAAAACCAAAAAACCUCCCCAACCAGCGCCCUUCAUCUCCGUAUCCGCCUACGCAACCGCUCCCAGCCCACCAGACCUUCCAGUAGAGUUCGACCCAUCAACGCCGAUCUCUUUCCCUCACAUCCUAGGGUUCCUCAACACACCAAAACGUCUCUAUCGGUUCCUAAACAGACGCGUCCUAGCAGAUUCCAUCGGGCGAGAGACAGCAGCCAUAAUACUCUCCACUUACAGACCAUAUUACACGACGUCCAAUCCUUCCUCUGAAUUCUCUAGUUCUUUCUCCUCAGAGGGGGCUGAUGGAGGCGUUCAGAAUGGCGAUAGUAAUACUGGUGCUGUCCCGCAAAUAGCAGAGCAGCAAUCAGCACUCAUAGAAGAGGAGAAGGAAUGGCAUAAAAGUGCCCGAGUUCGACUUGAUGGUGAGCCAGAACGUACAUGGUUAGAGCCCGUAGUUUUAGACCCGCGAAUUGCUAGCCGGAUGCGCAGGUCGGAGUUGACACCUGAAGAUGAGACGAGAGCGAGGAAUAUUGUGGUACCGGAAAAAGAAAUUGAAGGGUGGCUUAAAGGUGGGAUUCGGACUUUAGGCCGAGAGGGCAUCAAGGUAUUAGGGUUUGAGAAGGAAAAGAAGCCUAAUCCUGUUGAGGGAGAGGGGGAGGAUGUCCAGGGAUAG